CGCACUCUCGCGAUACUUUUUUGUUUUCAUUGAUUUCUAAACAUGGCGUCUGAAUUGCAGGCGGGUACCGUAGCUGCAGCAGAAAAGGACUUGGCUGUCGGGGAUACCUCCUUUGGGGAACAGCCUCCCAGUAUGGAUACAGAGUCAUCAAGUGGCAAAGAGGGAAUGGAAGCUGCUGGCGAUGGCUCAGAAGCCGCCGAUGCGCUAACAGGAUCCGGGGAUGAGGAGAGCGGGCGGCAGCUCGGGGAGGUGGAGCUGCAGUGCGCUUUGUGCAUGAAGUGGUUCACGGCGGAAACGUUUGGCAUCGAAACCGCGACAUGUCUUCCCUUCAUGACCAACUACGUGUUUCACUGCAAUGUCUGCCAUCACAGCGGCAACACAUACUUCCUCAGGAAACAAGCCAACUUGAAGGAAAUGUGCCUCACAGCUUUGGCGAACCUCACAUGGAGGUCCAGAACACAAGAUGAGCAUCCUAAGACCAUGUUCUCCAAAGAUAAGGACAUCAUACCAUUUAUUGAUAAGCACUGGGAAUGCAUGACGACCCGUCAGAGACCAGGGAAGCUCACCUGGCCCAACAACAUAGUGAAGACAAUGAGCAAAGAGCGAGAUGUGUUCCUUGUGAAAGAACACCCUGACCCCGGCAGUAAAGAUCUGGAGGAGGAGUACCCCAAGUUUGGCCUUUUAGAUCAGGACCUGGGAAGCAUAGGACCCUCAUAUGACUCUCAGAAACAGACCACUGGAGCCCCGGCAGCCGGUGGGCUCAAUGGUGGAUCUUCUUUCGCAGGUGCUCUGGCCCCUGGCCCUGGAAAAGGAAGGGGAGCCAAACGUAAACAGCAGCAGCAGCAGGAGGGAACGACUACAGGAGCGACUAAGAGAACCAGGAGUGACCCGUUGUUCUCAGCCCAGAGGCUGCCCCCUCAUGGUUAUCCACUGGAACACCCAUUCAACAAGGAUGGCUAUCGCUACAUCCUGGCAGAGCCAGACCCUCAUGCUCCGGACCCUGAGAAACUGGAGCUGGACUGCUGGGCUGGAAAACCCAUUCCUGGUGAUCUGUACCGGGCCUGUCUGUAUGAGAGGGUGCUGCUGGCCUUACAUGACAGAGCGCCUCAGCUGAAGAUCUCAGACGAUCGGCUGACGGUGACGGGGGAGAAGGGCUACUCCAUGGUCCGGGCUUCACACGGCGUGAGGAAAGGAGCCUGGUACUUUGAGGUGACUGUGGAUGACAUGCCCCCAGAGACGGCAGCUAGACUGGGCUGGUCUCAACCGCUUGGCAACCUUCAGGCUCCUCUGGGUUAUGACAAGUUCAGUUAUUCUUGGCGGAGUAAGAAGGGGACUCGCUUUCACCAGUCGAUUGGGAAGCAUUACUCCUCAAGCUACGGUCAGGGGGACACACUGGGCUUCUUCAUAGAGCUGCCUGAUGAAACAGAGACAGCAAAGGCUCUUCCAGACACAUACAAGGAUAAGGCGCUUAUUAAAUUCAAGAGUUACCUGUACUUUGAGGAGAAGGACUAUGUGGACAAAGCGGAGAAAAGCCUGAAGUCAGUGACUCCCAGCAGGAUGUUGUUCUAUAAAAAUGGCGUUAACCAAGGAGUUGCCUUUGAGAACCUCUUUGAAGGCCUCUACUUUCCUGCAAUCUCCUUGUACAAGAGCUGUACGGUUUCUGUCAACUUUGGACCUCAAUUCAAAUACCCACCUAAGGACAUUAAGUACCAACCGAUGAGUGACAUGGGUUGGGGUGCAGUGAUCGAGCACACGCUGGCGGAUAUGCUGUACCACGUUGAGACAGAGGUGGACGGACGCCGCAGCCCGCCAUGGGAGGGAUAAAUGUAGACCAGUUCAUAAGCCGUUCCACCAUCAGAACGGCUUAUGACAAUGCUAAACAGAGCAUAGGUAAAUAAUUUCCCCUCUUUAGAUCCAUGAGCUACAUCCACAGUAGUGAUUAUUAAGAGUUGGUGGCAUAAACCAUCCCCUUCCCAGAUGUGCCAUCAGAAUAAACUGAUCAUUGGUGCUCUGGCUUCAGAGAACUCACAUCAUCACAAUGGAGCCUGAUCUGCCGUAUGUUCCACACAACAAGAAGAAAGUCUGGUCCUUAAUCCAUAGCGUUUUCUGUGUUUUUGUUAUUUACUGUUUUAUACUUUGGAUUAAAAAAUAAAUGUGUGUUUAAUGAAAAAAA